AUGAAGAGGAGAGUGAAGAAGGAAGAAGGACACACCGACAAUGGCAAAGUUGUAAAACUAUCCCUAUCUCUUAGAUAUAUGGCAUCAUCAAACCCAGUCACACAAUGGUUUCACAGGUUCGAGGAGCAUACGUCUGCAGUGAAAGCCCUGGCUUGGUGUCCUUUCCAAGGGAAUUUGCUAGCCUCUGGAGGCGGUGGAGCAGAUGGAUGCAUUAAGCUUUGGAAUGCGCACACAGGUGCAUGCUUGAAUUCCAUAGACACUGGGUCUCAAGUUUGUGCUCUGUUGUGGAACAAGAAUGAGAGGGAACUGCUUAGCUCUCCUGGGUUUACUCAAAAUCAACUCGCUCUUUGGAAAUAUCCAUCAAUGGUGAAAAUGGCUGAGCUCACUGGCCAUACCUCUAGAGUCCUUUACAUGGCUCAGGUAAUAAUUCAAGGAUUGAAAGUCCGGAUGGUUUGUACAGCAGCGGGGGAUGAACCACUGAGAUUGUGGAAUGUUUUUGGAGUUCCAGAACUGGCUGCUAAAGUUGCUCCAAAAGCGAACCCUGAACCAUUUUCUCACAACAGCCAAGGUAGAUUUUCAGCCAGGUAA